AUGGGAGACGGAAAGGUAUCUGAGAACAAAAGGCGUGCCAUCCACUGCAAAGGAGGCAAAGGUGUGGGAAAGGGCAAUGGCAGUGAUCUGAAGGUGCGGAUCAUAGUGAAAAGAGAGCAGGUGUUCCAGUGUGUCUGUGCCACGCAGACGAACUGUAGGCUGUUCCCAGAUACUGAAAACAAUGCCGUGGUGAUCAGCUUUCAGGAAGGGCCAGUGGUUUGUGGUGAUGUUAAGGUCAUGUUUGAAUCCAGGGCUGGUCUUCCAAAGGGGUAUGAGGACUAUCCUUUCUAUUUCUGGUUCAACACUUCAUUUGUGGAGAACAACAGGCUCUAUCUGUCAAGGGAGGAACUGGACAACCCACGUAAGUCCAAAACCUGGGACAUCUACAAGGAGGACUUUGGUGUGACCGUGUCUUUCAGUGACCCUGCACUUAUGUAGCAGACGACACUUGCUUGUGUAUCUCAACUAAAACCCUUAAGCCCUGCACAAGGUCUAAAUCUUUGCUCUAAUGUAGGUUUUCACACACUUAUAAAAGGUGAGUGAUGUUUAGGGAUUGGAUUCGGGCAUAUUGUGCCCCUAAAGCUAUAGCUAUAGCUAUAUAACCUCAACUUUAUGUCCAUCCCCCAUCUUCACUGUAAGAGCUUUUUACUCAGCCGUGCAUACAUCACAAUAUUAUGCAUUUGUUUGUCAAAUGUUUUUUUGUCUUUAAAUGAAGACAAAUGUUUGUGUCAGUUUAGCAUAUUAUGCUUCCAAAAUGUAAAUCUUACUCUUUAAGCUUGAGUGUACAUCAAAUAAAGCAAUCGAGGCUGCCACUGUGAAAUGGUCAAUGGUUAUGUGUGCAGAAACAUUUUUUUGUAGUACACAUGUAUUGAAAUAAAUACUAAUGUCUCUGUAA